AUGUCAGCACAGGGUAUAGAAUGUGUUGUUCACGGUGCGUUGGCAGCACUGCUGCGUGUAAUGCGCGUGGUGGGGAUGAUACCGGUGCGACUGGUGCCGCUCGCGGACGCAUUCGUUGUUCGCUACUCGUUCGCACAAGACGUCAUUGCACGUUUUUUAAGUUUCUGUUUUAAUCUCAUUAUAAUGACAUUGGAAACGUAUCAUCUUAUCCCAAAAAUUUUAUCCAACAACACACAUUUACACAAACUGGCAUUGUUUAUGUCAUUAUACAUCGCUGUUAUUCUUCGUUGUACUAUUUUAACUGCUGCAGUAUUCAAAGGACGCCAACGGACGGUACAACUAUGUAAAAAUCUAAAUGAAAUCCAAAAGUUAAACAUAGAAGGCAUUCACGAUAUCGAGGCUGUUAAAGUUGAAAAAAGGAGAUUUAAAUUUUUCCUUAUGCUUCUUGGAUCAGGGCCGAUAUUGAAGAUCUUUCAAAUCAUAUUGGUCGGGGUUGACAAUACUAAUGAAUAUGAUUACUUAUUCAUGGUCCAGAAUAUGUCUUAUCAAUUUGGAUUGUUUUUGACAUUAACGUUGGAAGGGCAGUUCGUGUUUACAAUACUUUCCGUGCACACCGCGCUUCAGGCUCUCAAUCGUCGACUGGGAAAGUUGUUGAUAGAUUUGAAAAAAAAAAAAGAGAAUAGCGACGAAACAUCAACGACAGUUAGGACCCUCAGGAAAUUGGCUAAAUCAUACAGUACUAUGUGUGAUCUCAUGAAGACAUUGGAUAAGGAGAAUGGAUUCAUGAUUUUGGUGACAUUUAUCUUGUUACUGAUAUACGCUGUACAAACUACUUUCUUCCUAAUCGCAUUUUGGGAUUUAAAUCCUCUAACGAAUAUGGCUUUUGCAGAUAUCGAGUCGAAAAAAUCAACCCUUAAUAGAAUAUUCCAAUGCUUUCUAUGUGUGCAUGUUAUCGCAAAAAUCAUGUUUUUGCUGGAACCCUGCCAGUGGACAUAUAAUGAGAUGGAAGUAACCAGGCUGUUUGUGACUAGACUGACACAUUACGCUCCGACCCGAGGGCCACUCUACAAUGAGCUGGAAAAGUUCUAUCGUCUUGUCUUCACAAACAUACCCUCGUAUUCGCCACUUCAAUUAUUUACUCUAAAACGAUCAUUUAUAUUGGAGUUAUUGGGUGCACUCAUCACAUGGUUUCUUAUUGUUUUACGUAAUAAUCGCCCAAAAGGAGAUAUGUAG